AUUGUGGAACUGGGAUCGAUUUGGACUGUACACUUGAUUGCCGCGAAGAUUGCACAAAUCCCCAGUCCUACGGCUUCGCUUUCGGAAUCAUAACGCCGAGCAAAAGUUUUUCAGUGAAUUCUCAUCGAUUUCGAGGCUGGGAUCGAGUUCUUUAUUUAUUUUUUGUUGGCAUGAGAUGAAUUCUUAAGAAGAAGAAGAAAGAACAAAGAUGCGUAGAGAGAUCUCGUUUUUGCUACAGCCCAGGUGCCUCCUUCUCCUGGUUGCCCUAACGAUUUUCCUCAUCUUCGCGCUCUCCAACACCAGGAAAGAGGAGGAGAAGCAAGUAAUCGAGGAUUAUGAAAUCACACACAGAGUAUUUCUCGAUGUUGAUAUCGAUGGCCAACGCUUAGGCAGGAUCGUUAUUGGACUAUAUGGCAGUGUUGUACCCAAAACUGUAGAAAAUUUCAGGGCCUUAUGCACAGGAGAGAAAGGAAAAUCUUCAAACGGAAAGCCUCUACAUUAUAAAGGAACACCGUUUCAUCGUAUAAUAUCUGGAUUUGUAAUCCAAGGAGGAGACAUUAUCCAUGGGGAUGGAAAAGGGAGUGAGUCAAUUUAUGGCGGUACCUUUCCUGAUGAAAAUUUCAAGAUAAAGCAUUCGCACGCAGGUGUUGUAGCGAUGGCUAAUACAGGACCCGAUUCUAAUGGCUCACAGUUCUUUAUCACUACUGUCAAGGCUAGCUGGUUGGAAGGAGCACAUGUGGUGUUAGGGAAGGUGAUACAAGGAAUGGACAAUGUAUUCGCCAUUGAAGGUGGAGCUGGAACUUACAGUGGUAAACCCCGGAAGAAAGUUGUGAUUGCUGAUUCUGGAGAGAUUCCUAUAGACAAAUGGGAUGAAGAAAGAUGACAAAGACAACCUAGAUUACACAUCUCAGCAAAUCCGGUUCUGUUCUUGUGCUAUCCUCUCUGUUUUUUUGUUCUUUUUCUUUUUGCUCAUGUUGAUGAUCUGAAUUCUGAACACAAUGCCAAUGUAGUUAGUGUUUUAAGCUGAAAGCAUCUGUAGCUCUUCGCUUAAGGUUUAUCUCCUAAAUUUCUGUAGACUUUAUAUGGAGUACAU